AUGCUUCAAGGCCCCGAGACAUGGGAGUUCCACGAGACUAUCCCAGGUGUGGCGACUAAGAACGGUGCCUGCAGUUGGACUGGCGCUUUCACUGAGGUUCCAAUCACAUGCGACGCCGAGGCUAUUGGUGAGGAAUAUACCAUCCCUAGUGGUAGCCCAACUGUCUUCUCCCAAUCGGAGUUGAGAGCAUGGACGUCUUUAAGAUACGCUGUUGCUACGAUUGUGCCGGCGACGCCCACUCUCAUACCAGGAAGUACAGGGAACAAAGAUGGGGCUGCGGCGACGAGUACAGAGGCUACAGGGAGUAAAGCAAGGGCGCCGCGUACAUCACGGCCUACUGGAGCGAUGCUACUGGUUGGCGGCGUCGCUGCUAUCGGUGGAGCGGCUUGGGGAUUGUGA